CAAUGAGGGCCGGACGGCGCUGCGGCCGCAUGCCACGGAUGAUUUCAACCACGGGGUCGUGCUCAGUGCCCGGGCGCUCAGGGACAACGAGCUGUUCCAGGUUCGCAUCGACAAGAUGGUGGACAAGUGGGCGGGGUCCAUCGAGAUCGGGGUCACCACCCACAACCCGGCCUACCUGCAGCUACCCUCCACCAUGACCAACCUGCGCUCAGGGACGUGGAUGAUGACGGGGAACGGGGUGAUGCACAACGGCACCACCGUCCUGGACGAGUACGGCCACAACCUUGACCGCCUCAAGGCGGGGGACACGGUGGGCGUGGUGCGCCGGGACGACGGGACCCUUCACUUCUUCGUCAACGGGGCCCCCCAAGGCCCCGCGGCCUGGAACGUCCCCCCCAACGUCUACGCCGUGGUGGAUCUGUACGGGCAGGCGGCCCAGGCCACCAUCGUGGACGAGGGAGGUGGGGUACGGCCCUAA